GCACAACACAACCAGCCAAACCCCACGCCACGCACACACACACCCAUCUCUCCUCUCCACCUCCACCUCUCUCUCCUCGCAUUCGUGCUCGCCUCCCAAAUCCCAAACCCUAGCGGGGGGAGGGGAAGCCCGCGCGCGCCGCCGCAGAUCCCAUCCCUCGCGCCGCGGCGGCCCAAUCGCGCGGCGGCCAUGCGGAUCCGCAAGUGCGCGUCCCGCCUCCUCGGCUCCUCCUACUCCGCCUCCGCCGCGGCGCCCCCGCCGCCCGUGACGGGGGCGGGGGCGGCGGCGCCAGGAUUCGAGCUCCUCCCGCUCGCGCUGGCGACGCCGCCGCCGCUCCCGUACCCGGGGAGCCACGAAUCCGGCGCGGGGGCCACCUGCUUCGCCGCCGCGGCUGCCUCCGGGGAGCCCUGCGAGCUCAGCCGCUCGCCAUGGGACCUUAUCGGCGAGCUCAACAUCUCCGAUCCCCAGGAGGAGGACGUCGUGGAGAAGUACUUCGUCCAUGUCGCCAGCCGGGCUAGCUGGCUCUUCCCGACCAGCAUGCCCGCCGCCGUCAAGCAGAAGGGGCUAGCUGCGGCCGGCGAGUUCAGCACCAAGAUACCUAAUAAGAAGUUCGCCAAGAAGACGGCGAAGAAGCCGUCACCGGCGACGGCGAAGAAGAAAGAGGCGGCAGCGGCGGCGGUGAAGGAGGAGGACGAACCUACCAAGAAACCAAAGCUCAAGAAAGAAGAGGAUGACUCCAAUUCCGCCAUCUCCGCCGCCGGGGGAGCACAAGUCUGGACAUGCAAGAAGAACGACGGCAAGAGGUGGCACUGCCAGCGGCGGGUGAGGCAGCCCAACUCCCUCUGCGACUACCACUCCGACCAGAAGCGCGGCUACUACAACCCGCUGUACGACGACCCCACCGACGAGACGUAUGCUCCACCGGCGUCACCGCCGUCAUCGGUGGUGCCGGCGACCGCGUCCUCCAAGACCUCCACCAGCUCCUCCAAGGCGCGGAAGAAGAAGGUGGCGGAUUCCGGCGAGGGGUUCUACUACUACGCAGGGUUCGGCCCGUUCCGCACCAAGAGGCAUUGCAGGAGCAGCAGCAGCAGCAACAACUACAACAUGCAGGAUCAGCCUCCGCCGGUGGAACAAGAACAGCACGAGGAAGAAGAAGCGCGGUCGCCGGAGAUUGCUGAUCCUCAUCCUAGUGCAGGUAACAAAUCCAGGAGCGGUAAUGGUGAUGACGCUACUACUACUACUGAUCGUCAGACGACGCUGGCGUCGACGACGACUGCGGUGGCAGCUCGGGAUGAUUUCUCCAGCUCCGACGACGACGACGACGACAUCGCCGGGAUAGCAGGCGGCGACGAGGAGAGCAGCGACGACGCGGCGCGGAUCGGCAGGCUCCGAGCCGGCAUCAACGGUGACGCUAGGAAGAAUAAGAGCCAGCAGGCUCGGAAGAGGUGGAGGAAGCCCGUGAAGGCACGGUCGCUCAAAUCCUUGAUGUGAGCAAAUUAAAGCAUAGUGCUAGAGGAGAAGAAUUGAAAGCUAGAAGAAGAAGAAGAUGAUGAUGAUGAUGCUUAGCUAAGGCUCAGGGUUAGCUUAGCUUAGCUUAGUUCGCCAUAUUAUACAAACUGUUCGAUCGACACUGUGUUUUGUAGCCUUUUUGGUUGUUCGAAUGCCUUAUGUCACCCCGUUGAGGUUUCCGCUUGAGAUGCAGCAGGAAUUUUCCCUCGUUUUCUGCGAGAAUUGAAUCGCUCCUCUCGUGAAAUUCUUACGAAA